CAUCUUCCGCUUGCAUUGGGUGUCGCGAGAACGGUCUGCAAACCUCAGACUACAGCCUCGCGCGACAGCUCAGCUCCCCGGCUAGCUCCCUCGAAGCAAGCGAACAACUGGGCCGGUUUCCUGACGCGCGCGCGUUGGAACGGGACGCGACGGAACUCACCUACGACUCCCUCACCGUCGGCCGUCGCGCGCGCAUCCCUUGCCGCAGACACAAAGCGCGCCACCAUGGACAGUAGGACGCGCAGCGCCGAGGCGCAAGACUAUGCGACCAGCCUCGAGUACACGCUCAAGGAGCUGCAGCGCAAGGUCAAGGAGCACGAGGCGACACUCGACAAGCUACGCUCCAAGAAACAUGACUCGGCUCUGCUCUCGCCCCAUGCGCAGGCCAGCGUGCUCAAGUCGGCGCUCGACGAGGUGACCAAGUCGGAGCCCUUCCUCCCCUUCCCGGGGUCCGUCCUGCCCGCCCUGGUGGCGCUGCGCAAGACGCACCGGACCAUUGUCGAGUCCAAGGCCUACCUCGCCGCGCAGGGGCCCGAGACGGACCGCCUGCGUCGGCAGCUCGAGGCGGACCGCGCGGGGCUGCGGGACCAGCAGCUCCUGACGGGCGCGCUCGAGGCGCGCAUCUCGACGUUGCGGCGCGAGAUGACGGACGAUCCUUCAUCGGGGACUCCCGAGGACGGCGCCGAGAAAAGGAUGGCGGAGCUUGAGGCUAAGAAGAGGCGCUACGACGCGGGGACCAAGAGGCUCAUGAAGUCGCUGCUGGGGUUCAUCGACAGUCGCCUUGCGGCCAUGUUGGCGGCCGAGGAGCUCGGGGGACCCGUCGUCGGCGAGCUAAUGGACGUGGACGCCGACGACCUCGCCGCGGGGUUCAGCGCCGCGGGCAAGCUCAAGCGCGUCAAGGAUGGGGGCGGCGGCGCAAAGCAGGACAAGCGGCAGCGCCGGAUCGACGAUAUCUGGGGUGGCGACGGCACGGCAGCAAAAGAGUUUGGCGGCGAGGAGGAGGACGACGACGAGGUGACAGCGGUGGGCAGGCAGAUGCGGGAGCUCACCGAGGAGCUGCUCAACGCGCUGGCCGAGGCCCGGGGCGACAACUCGGCGUCGUACGUGCAGCUGGGGCGCGAGUCGGCGGCGGCGCGGUUCCUGGUGCGGUCGCGGGUGGCGCAGCUGCACCCCAAGGACGCGACUCGGCUGCGGCUCGUCGAUUUCGGCCGAGAGCUCGAGGACUGACUGAUGCGAGGUGUGUGUGUGUGGUGGGUGUAUGUAUACUGUACUUUUGUCGAUGAUUGCGUCGACGCCCGGCGGCGGCCGGGGCAAAGCGUUGAAUGCGAUCCAUCCAUCACGCUGCACUGAUGACGCGACUGCACCAUCAUGUCUACUACGUACGCACGCACGCACUGAGAAUUGUGCACUUGCUGGUGUAAGGUACUGCCGGAUAGCAAC